AUCGGAAGUUUCCCCCCACCCAAAUAGAAGCUGACCCGUCAAAAUAUAAACAGCAGUCGACCUUGUUUGAACGCUGCAUAGUUCGUUUUCUGUAAACUUGAUGCACAAUGCGGCGUCUUUUCUGUCAAGGUUUGGGCGGCCGAGGCGCAGUGUGACAUCGGAAAGCUUCCAAAUAAAAGAUUAUAAGGACUGAGCUUUUAAACUCGCCUUUACAGACAUCAUGGCAGAAACAGAAGGCAGUUCUACGUCGCACAACGGGAUCUCUGGGGAGGAAGAGGCCGGCGGAGAUCAACACAAAGAUGAAGGCAAACACAGUGAGCUAACCUCCAUGAGUGUUGUUCUACCUCAAGACAAUGGAGAGGCAUCUGGUGAUAGGAAUGUACUGGAAAGUGAGCUGAAGGAGGAGGAAGAUGAAGAGGAAGACACAGACAGCAUGGAUGGCAGUGGCCUCUUCUCCUUGACGGAGGACGGCGAUCGAGAGAGCGAGGGAGGCGGUCAAGAAAGAGGGAAGGAUGGUGGGAGAAGGGCAGCACGGAAGAGGAACAGACCAUGUGGUGGUGGCACCGGUAACAACAGGUCCUCCAGCUCGGACGAGGAGCUAAAAGAUGAGGAUGAGGACGACAAAGACGAUGAAGACGACGAUGAGACAAUGGAGGCGUGGCUGGGUGCUGAACUCCAGGAUCUCCGCGGGCCAGCGUGGCGUGCAAUUCCCUCACUGCGCUGCCGGGAGCUCGGAAAGGACUUACAGCAGUUCGUGAGGCGGGUGUGCGGCUCCCGCUGCCUGGUGCAGAGGCUGGAGCUGCAGGGCCGACUGGAGAGUCACUCAGGCUGUGUCAACACACUGCACUUUAACCCGUCUGGCACACGUCUGGCGUCCGGUAGCGAUGAUCUGCGUGUUAUCAUCUGGAACUGGGCCAACUGCCGUCCAGAGCUGGAGUUUGACAGUGGGCACAAGAACAAUGUCUUUCAGGCCAAGUUCCUACCUCACAGUGGCGAUUCUACCCUAGCAAUGUGUGCCCGGGACGGUCAGAUCCGAGUGGCUGAGCUUUCCGCCACCCAAUGCUGCAAGAACACCAAGCGGGUGGCACAGCACAAAGGGGCUGCACACAAGUUAGCCCUAGAGCCUGACUCGCCGUGCUCAUUCCUGUCAGCGGGGGAGGACGCCAUGGUAUUUGGAAUCGAUCUCCGACUCGACCGUCCAGCCAACAAGCUAGUGGUGGUGAAGGAGGGUGACAAAAAAGUGGGCCUCUACACCAUCUAUGUUAACCCAGCUAAGACGCAACACUUUGCGGUCGGUGGGAAGGAUCAAUACGUCAGGAUUUACGACCAGAGAAAGAUAAACGAGAACGACAACAACGGCGUGCUGAAAAAGUUUUGCCCCUCGCAUCUGGUGUCCAGCGAGUCUAAAACCAACAUCACCUGCCUGGUGUACAGCCACAACGGCACAGAGCUGUUAGCCAGUUACAAUGAUGAAGACAUCUACCUGUUUGACGCCAACCACAGCGACGGCGCUGACUACUGCAGGAGAUAUAAAGGACACCGCAACAAUGCAACAGUAAAGGGCGUGAACUUCUACGGGCCUUGCAGCGAGUUUGUGGUGAGCGGCAGCGACUGCGGACACAUCUACCUUUGGGACAAAGACUCGGCCCGCAUCGUCCAGUUCAUGGAGGGUGACAAAGGCGGAGUGGUAAACUGCUUGGAGCCACAUCCCCACCUGCCCUGCAUGGCUACCAGUGGUCUAGAUCAUGACAUCAAGCUGUGGGCCCCCACUGCCGAGGCGCCCACUGGACUUAAAGGCCUCAAAGAGGUGAUGAAGAAGAACAAGCGGGAGCGAGACGAGGACAGCUUGCGACAUGGUAACCAUAACACCACCCAGCUGCUGUGGUUCCUAAUGAGACAAAUGAGGAACCGACGGCCGCCGGGGACCCGACGCGAAGGGGCUGACGCAGACACCGAUGAGUCCUGGAGUUCGCCAGACACAUCCGACGAAGAAGAGGGGGGUCCGGACCAUGUCCAGUGCAUGUCCUCUUGAGCCACAUGUGCACACGAAUAUACACACACAUAUAAUGUCCAAUAAAAAGCAGGUAUUCCAAAAAAAUGUAAAAGAAACAAAUGUUUCCCAUAAAGGAAAGUGAAAGGUACACGCUAUUAGAAUUUUUUUUGUGGUUAGAAAAUACAAUAUAUCAUAUGUAUGGGAAACAACUCAAUAAUUAAUGUACACAUUUUGUGAUUCGUUGUGUGGGGGAAACAAAUGUUAGCCAAAUUCUCAUUCUCAACAUUUGAUCUCCAAAUUGAGUGAUUUACAGAGGGAAAAAAAUAUUUUGGCUAAUAAGGCAAAAACAUGGUGCAGGGAGGAAAAAAAAAGGCAUAAAAUUCCAAUUAAAUUGCUUUGAGCAAUGAGAGAAAAACAAGUCUGAAAACUGAAUAGAAUAUACCGAAGUGGGGGUUGAAUCGUGGAGAUACUUGUCACUGGACAGCCGUGAGUCUGGCAGGAAAUCACUCGUGAACCUUUUUCUGCACGAAUGAUCAGAAAUUGUGGUCUGAUCUGAAUAAAAAUCACAAGAAUAAACAGUUUGCUUUAAAUAAUACGCAAUCAUGUUUUACUAUUUUUUGUGAAGUUAACAUGUCCACAUUUCAAAAUAACAGUGAAAAAGUGAGUACUUGGAUUUUUGGCUUUUCCUUCCGUCCUGUGACGGGUUAAAUUUUUAAUACAAGACAUUUUUGAGUAGUAUUAAUUCAAGCAAACUACUUAUGCUUGUGACUUUGUUCAUUAGACUACAUUUGAUCAGCAAUUUAUUCAGAAAAGAAAUUUCAUAUGGUUCAUACUUUUCGCUCCAAAAAUACAUGCAUUGCUAUGGUAUAGUGCCCUUAAAUUUAGUUCAUCUUUGAGUACAGAUUCAUACUGACAGCCACUGUCACUGAAAUGCACAUACCUCUAAUUUUUGUAAUACAAUCAAUAGUAAUACCCGCUUUUCAUUGGACAAACAUGAUGCGUUUGUGUACUCUUUUGACAUUAUCAACACUGGCACACACAAAUCAAGGCAUACUGAUGGUGCAGGAUGCUGGCCACUGUGUAAAGACGUCGUGCUGUUUGAUCUGUCCCAUUUUUUGACUGCGGCCUCCAGAUGUACACCAGCACGUAGCCACACUCCUUCCCAUUGUAGUGAUCGAGUUCAAUCCCCGGAUUGCUGCCACCCCUUCCGACUACUGAGUGCACUUUGAAUCAGGGAUGUUGCAGUUUGACACAUGCGCUUAGUGAUUUGAUUUUUUUUUUUUUUUUUUUAAAGGAAGGGGCACUUCGGCUUAAUUUCUGUUUGUCCAUCUUUAACAGGAAGUGCUGCUCUGGCGUCUUUUACUGCAUGCGUAACAGAGAUGCCCCCCCCCCCCCAAGCCCCCCUCGGCAGUAUGAACUGUUGGGGAGCAACAGCCUGCAUUUUUUUUUGUAGUUAGGCCAUUGGAAGGAAAACCAAACAGCAUCUGAACGAUGUGUGUGUGGGGGGGGGGUGUCAUUGAAUGAUUGAGUGCUGGAAUAGUUAUUAGAUUCCAGGGAGGAUGGCGGUCUCGUUAGAUGGGGUUGUCUUGUCAAUUUGUGUUAUGAGUAAAAGAUGCCUGUUUCCAACCUCUUGUUUUCUGAAAAUUCGUAAUUGAAUUGUAAAUAUAUAAAUAUGAAAACUUAAAAAAAAAAUUGGAAUUCUGCAGUUCGAUGUCACACAUUUGACUGGUUUAUGCAGCAGAGGUUUAUAUUGGAUACGCCAACGUUAUUUUUCUUUACAGUAUUAGUGUCCAUUCUACAGUGCUGUAUUGUUUUGAAAAUUCCCACAAGCUUAACAUUAGAAAAUGUCUUAUUGCUUCUGUUGUAAAUCUUAAGAAUUGUGCAAUAAAACAAAGAUGCUACUCUUGA